UUCACGUCAUUUCUCUAUAACUACACAAACCAUAAAAUUUCCGUCUUCUAUUGUCAAACAAAAACAGAGAAAAUGAAAACAAAGCAAAUCAAAAUGAUGUUCUUCUUAUUAAUUGUAGUUUCAGCUUUGACUUUCCGACCAUCCGAAGCACAACUAAAAACGAGCGUAUGUACAAGUGAACAAACAGCGCCGAUAGUAAAAGUGGAUGGAUGUUUCGAUGCGUUGAGAUUAGCGGCAGAUCUAGAUUUCAGAUGGCUAUCAAGAGACUGUUGCAAAGCAGUGAAAACACUCGAUGACUGCCUUUUGGUUGUAUAUCCCCACAGAGCUUACAAUACUUAUAUCUUCAAAAACUUUUGUAUUCUUAAGUUCAAUGAAACAAAAAUCAUGUAACCAAGGGGAUUAUUAUUUGUACUAUAAUUUCUAUGUGUUUUUGAUGAUAAAAUAAAAAUAAAUCAGAUUUACUUUUUAAUUCUGGCACGAAAAUCUUAACAGAAUUCACAAAUUGCAAACAAUCAUAUAUGUCUCUGACUCUGUCUCUCUAAUUAUUUUGUUGUUCUUAAAUCACCAAAAACAAAAAUGCUGUUGUUACUGCUUAAUCACCAAUAAAAUAAUUUGAAGUUGAUGAAGAAUAAUUUUUCCUUUGGGCUUAUAAAUCUAUUAACCAAGGCAUUUUCAAGGGCUUUCCCAAAUCUCCUCAAGAGUGAGUACACACAUAUACACACUACAUUUAAGAAUUUGCAUAACUCUAAAAUUUGAAUGUCGAGGAGAGAAGAAAAUUGUACAGUAAAAAAAGCUAACAUAUUAUUUCUUUGAUAGAAUCGCAUUA